UGGCCGAGGGUAGGCGUGCUUGUACGGGAGGUGGAUCGUCCACGGGGAUCAUCAGCACUUUGCCGUCGUCCUCGGGCUCGUCGCGGGAACAUCGGCUCGGCGGGUUGCGACACUCGCGCAGCCACGAAGAGGCAUCCUCGACCACCUCGUCGUGCUCUUACUCCAAGCAGCCCCUGUUAUCCUCCGUCGUCUCCUCGUCGGUGUCGGCCUCUCCACGAGCGCUUCGGCUUCGAUAGCGGUAGAAGGAGGGAGGAAGGUCUUGGGGUGCGUGGAAGGUGAGGGCCGCGAUGUCGGAGGGCGAGAACGAGCAGGCGGCGAGGUCCCUGGCCCUGGAGCAGGCCUACGUCCACGAGGUGUACGAGCAGUGCGCCGACCGGACGGUCCAGGGCAGACAGUGGCCCCGCAUUUACCAGUUCCUCCAGGAGUUGGAGCCCGGCGCCCUCGUCUGCGACAUCGGGUGCGGCAAUGGCAAGUACCUCAACGUCAACCACAACGUCUUCAAAAUCGGGGUCGACCGGUGCCAGAGGUUCACCAAUAUCGCGCGGGGCAAGAAGAACGAGGUGCUGACGUGCGACAACCUGUCGAUGCCCUUCCGGGACGAGAGUUUCGACGCGGUGCUGUCGAUAGCCGUGGUCCAUCACUUCUCGACGACGGAGCGCCGGGUGCGCGCCAUCAAAGAGCUCGCCCGUGUGCUGAGGAUCGGCGGGCGGCUCAUCAUUUCCGUAUGGGCGAUGGAGCAGAAGCACAGAAAGUUCGAGUCUCAGGACGUGCUGGUGCCGUGGCCUAAAGCUUACGGGAUCACCUCGACGGGGAGCCCGAUGAGGGUCCGGGGCAUGUCUUGCGAGGAAAGAUCGCGGGGCAAGAGUGCGCACCAGGCCUACCUGAUGUCCAAGAGAGCAAGUAGUAGCAGCAGAGGCAGCAACAAUAACCCAAGGAAAGGCAGUAAAAGCAAGAGCUACUGGAUCGACCCGAUCUUCAGUCCGUCGCCCUCGACGAGCAGCCUAUCCAGCCCCAACGAGACCUGCUACAGCUUCUUCCGCCGAGCCCUGCAGAAACUGGCUGGUGGUCGUCGCAACAGUCGGGCCUGGUUCCUCGAGAACUGGCAGAACAGCGGCAGCAAGGAGCACCACAGCUACGAGGAUGACGAGGACGACGCCGACGUGGACGACCUGCCGAUCGAGCUGCGCCGACUGGAGGAGCACUCGAGUCUCCCGCCACUCGACAACCCCUCCGGAGGCGGUGCCAGGGACAACGAGCUGCGCAAGCAACACUCGGACACCCUGAGCGUCAAGUCCAAGAGCCUGAGCAGCAUAGUCGAGGCCCAACAGCAGCAACAACACGGCCUCGACCUCGUGCGCUCGCGCUCCAGUAUACCCGGGCUCUGCGGCGCUGUCGACCCCGACUCUCCGGCUGCUUCUACUGCCCCGGUGGAGGACGUUACGACCGGUGGCACCCAGCACCAGCAGCUGCAGAGACAAGAGUCGGGCAGACAGAGCCCGGCCACGAAGCCCAAGCUGGUCAAGCAAAAGAGACACCUCCUCGAGGACAAUGGCCACGAAGUGGGCAAAGAGGAGGCCGCGACAAACGACACUGCCGUUAACGAUAUUACUUCCCAGGGAGAGGUCGCGGGCUUACAGGUGGAGGAGGAGGAGGAGGAGGGGGUGUUUUCGGGCAUCGGCAAGCGGGGCAGCGUGCACAAGCAGAGCUCGAUGAACGAGGAGCUGAUGAUGUCGACCGAGAGGCUGAGGGAGCGCGAGAGCGUGCGCAGGAAUAUAAUGAAGCAGGCCUCGCUCAACGAGGAGUUCCUCUACAGGAGCGCGACCAAGCGCUUCCAAUUGCUCAAGAGCGGCCUUACCAAUCGCAUCAGGCAAUCGACCAACAACAUCGAGAAGGUCUCGGGCAUGGCCAUCAAGAACGGCUUCGUCAGGAUACUACAGAGUUGGAAGUCGACCGAGAGUCCGUCGGCGAGCACAACCACGGCGACGACGACGACGAGCGACCAGCGCAAUCAUCACCACCAUUACAAUUCGUCGUCGUCGAGGUGCUCGCAGUCGUCGUCCUCCUCGUCGUCCCAGGCGAGUUCGUCGAAGCGCAGCUACGGGGACGACCAGCAGCAGCCGAGCAUCGAGCGCCGGCUGUCCCGGGAGGACGGCUCGGACUCGUCCAAGGACAGCAGCCUGCAGAGCGACACGAGCGUCGACUCGGAGGACAGCCUGCCCUCGGUGAUCUACAACCCAAAGAGCUCGAGUCCCCAGCUCGAGGCAGCCCUGGCAGGGGCCACUCUGGCCGUCCAGCUAACCACCGCUUCGGCGCCGCCCUCGCCCAGGAUAAAGUACGCGCCCGAAGCCGUCGACGGCCACAACAGUCGGCUAAAACUCGUCUCGACCUCGCCGCUGCUCAAACAACAAUUCCCCGCCACGAGCAAGAGCUUACCUCCACCCAGUCCACCCGGGUUGUCGCCCCACACCCUCAAGACGGCCAACUUGCGGCCCUUCUUCUCCGGCCACGAGGUCCUCCCCGCGACCACCACGCCCCUACCCUUCACCGAGAGGCUGGCCGAGGUCAAGAGGUCCUUUGACGCGCAACUGCCCCUGCCCGGGAUACCGGCCUACGACGGCAGUACAGACUCUCGGGGCACCAAAGAUGGAGGAGCUUCAUCGCAAAAGACGCCUGCAACAGUAUCCAGUAGGCAGUUGAGCGAGGCCCUGCCAGAGCCGAAACGGCCGUCCCUGCACACGAUCCGGGGCUACAGGUCCAUGUCCACGACGGUCAACGAGGAGGAGGACGAUGACUUUGAGGAGGAGCCCAGCUCCGAGGACACCUCGCCGUUGAUAACCGACGCGAUAGACGAGGCGCUCGAGCGUCUCAGCGAGAAACCGGUGCUAAACACCGCGGUGGCAACGACGCCGAAGGAGGACAGGGAGGAGGACAGUCGGAAGAGCAGACUGAACCAGAUAAAGGAGCUGCUGAGCCAGAAGCCGGGGUUCGCGACGCGCGCCCGCAGCACUGCCUUCCCCAUAGUCAGGCGGGCCUCGACCUCCAGCUCCGGGAGGCUCGAGCAAGUGACCAAGGCCCUGCCGCGGCUUCUGUCCCUCGAGCUCUUCAAUCCCGAGACCGACGACCUCGACAGCGACUCCAGCGGCGUCAGUUCACCCGAGUCGGCCGGCUCGGUCAUCAGCGUCAUAUCGGACGAGCGGUACCUCGCCGCCGCUUCCAAGGACCAGACCAAGAAACAACCGGCCGAGGAGCUGCCCUCGACCUCCGUAGCUGGUGGUCCAUCACCAAGCUCCACUGUUGUCGAGACCAAGAGCGCGAGGCCGGUUUCGCUGGACACGCGGAUAUCCCCGGUGGAGAGCACCUGGAACGAGGAGUGCAGUAGACAGCUCAACGACCUGACGGACCGGCUAAGCGGCAACCUCAUCAGGGACAUUGACCAGUACUGCCGCAGGACCAAGCUCGACCUCGACGACGACGAUCCCAACAAUUUGGCCUACCCGAGGGGAAGAACGUGUAAAUACGACAAGCAACCCGAGUCCACGGUUCACCAAUCGACGCGCGACCUCGACAGUAAGGACCGCGGGGCAGAGGACGACGGGGUCGUCGUGGACGAGGGCCGGGGCAGCAGCCUGGCGACGAUCCAGCGAAGCUGCUCCGAGGAGAGCGACAACAGCAGCGGCAGUGGUUUCAUCGUCGUCACCAAGAACGGCGAGUUCCUCAGCGAGCGGGAGCUCCGCCAGCAAACGAGCCAGCACCGCCACGCCACGGGUUCUGGGAACAACAGCAACUCGAUCGAGUCGAGCGACAUCGGGGACUCGAUAGAAAACACGAUAAGCGAGAGCGUGAGUAGCCAGGAGACGCGACGGUUGUGCAGCAGCAGCACGGCCUCGCUGGCCUCGAGCUUGACGACCGACGCGGCCGGGACGAGACUCCGGCUGGCCGCCCAGCCGCGCUCCGCCUCCGAGGAAAUACCAUCGAGCGCGGCUCGCAGCGGCAACAACGGCAUCGCCUUUCUCCUGCACCAGCAGCGCCAGCACCAGCAGCAGACCCUGGGCGGCUUCAACAGACGGGGCCACCAGGGCUCGAGGCGCUCGGCCACUAGCACGAGCAACGGCACUCUCAGCGGCUCCUCGUCCCAGGAGUCCCUGCCCUCCGAUCAGAUGACCUACCAUCAGUACUACCACGUGUUCCGCGAGGGCGAGCUCGACCAGCUGAUCGACAAGUACGUCGAGAACCUGCACAUCAUAUCCUCGUACUACGACCAGUCGAGCUGGUGCAUCGUCGCCGAGAAGGUCCAGGUUUGGACUAUAUGACUACGUGGUCCACCUACGGUCCUUCUCCACACGCUCCUCCACCACCUCGUCCUUGCCUCUGAGCUCGAUGCGUUAUUGCUAUUGUUGCUGAUGUUGUUGUUGUUGUUGUUGUUGUUGUUGUUACU